AUGGCAGAGGAAUUGAUAUUGUUAGAUGAAUGGCUCAGUAUGUUUGGUAUGAGAGCAAGGAUAGCAUUGGCUGAAAAAGGGAUAAAGUAUGGGUACAAGGAAGAAGAUCUUGACAACAAGAGCCAACUGCUUUUGCAAAUGAACCCAAUUCACAAGAAGAUUCCAGUUCUUAUCCAUAAGGGAAAACCCAUUUAUCCUUAUCACAAAUCUCAAGAAAAAUUUUGGGCUGAUUUUGUCAACAAGAAGAUUGGUGAUGUUGGGGGGAGGAUAUGGCCUGGGAAGAGAGAUGAGAUUGAAGUGGCAAAAAAAGAGUUGAUUGAAGGGUUAAAGGAAUUGGAGAAUGUGCUUGGAGACAAACCUUAUUUUGGUGGUCACACAUUUGGGUUUGUUGAUAUUGCUUUGAUCCCUUUCUACAGUUGGUUUUAUACUUAUGAGGAGUUAUGCAACUUCAAAGUUGAGGCAGAGUGUGAUAAGCUGAUUGCUUGGGCAAAGAGAUGCAAACAAAGGGAGAGUGUUUGCAAAUCUGUUGCUGAUGAGAAAGAGGUGUAUGAGUAUGUUGUUAACUAUAGGAAGAGAUUUGACUUGGAUUGA